GAGCUUACUUUAGUUAGUGACGGUGUCUCUCAUGAGGCGGACCUGCAACGGGGACUAUAAACGGUCGUAGUUUAGUGGAAAAAUCGUUGGUUAAAAAAUACCUUAAGAAAAAAAGUAAUAAUUUAAAAAGAAAAAUAAGAAAAAUAAACCGACCGAGUCCCUGUGCAAAUUACACACACACACACACGCACACACGAGUGUGUGCCAUAAAGUUGUCAUUGAAAAACCGAUAAAAAAUGACCACGAACCCCUCAGCGGGAGACACCGUCAUCCCGACGAAGACGAGUAUAACAACGAAUGCAACCGGGGAUCGGUUGAUCCCUGGUAAAACCGAGUGUCACCUUGCCCGGGCAGAAUCGACACCCGCGGCGAGGAAGAGACACUUGGAUCAGUCUAGUUCUCCGACAAAGGGUGAGAUACCGACGAAGUCACCGAGGAAGAGCGAGUCUCCGGUGGAAGUGGUCGCUAAAGACCUGCAGGAUUCGCUCUACGAGGUGAAGAUGUGCGUCGCCAGUGCGGAGGAUCAGAAACGGACGCCGCCCUGCGCGACGGAAUCGCGGCCGGAAGUACCGAGAGACAAGCCGUCGAUACGGAGUUUGAGAAAACGCGAAAAUCAAGCAAAAACCCAAUCACCAGCAGCAACAGCGAAACCACAGCUGGUCUCAAGGUCCCAGAUUCCCUGCAGAAGCCUGAAGAGGCCCUCGUCAGAGGAGAUUCCCGAGGGCGAAAAAUCCCACCGAAAGAGUCGCGCCGACGGCGUUUCGCCGCAGGAACCGGAAGUUGGAACCCCGCAAUCCGAAGCAGCGAUCGCAGUUCCUCCUCAGUCCAGGACACAAACGCACCAGCAAUUCCAGAAGAGAGACGAGGCUGUGAAGUUGAGGAAAACUAUACAGUGGCUUGAGGAAGGCGCUCGCAGGAUGAGGGAGGACCUCGCGGCGACUCGCGCCGAACUCCACGAGGAACGAAAGGCCGCGAGGUUGGCCAGGAGGGAACUCGACUCCGCUGUUAAGGACGCAAAGAACGGCGAGGCUGCCAGGCACCUUCGGGUCAUCGCCGAGCUCAAAACCAGAUUGGCGCAAUCGCCGACGCGGACCGGCGUCGAAUCAACGUCGACAUCCUCAAAGGCGGACAUAUUACGGGAGGAAAACCAUCGUCGAGAAUUGUCAGCCCUGAGAAGACGCCUGGCGGAAGCUGAAGCGUCUGUCCAAAAGCUCAAGGCGAACGCGUGCAGCCCUCAUGGUUCGGGAAAGCGAAGAAAAGUCGAGGGUGCCGACGGCCGACGGCUGGAAGUCGAGGUCCAGGCGUUGAGGACCGCGAACCGAAAGCUGGAGGAUCGACUGCAGGUCGUCACAGAAGCGGAAAAGAAGCGAGCGACCGAGCUGCGGAUUCAGCACGAGAACCACGAGGCUCAGCUCGCUGCUUUGCAGAGGACGUUGCGCAGCGAUACGAUAAAAAUGAUGGACGAGAUUCGAAGCAAGACGAGGGAGGUCGAGAAGCUGGAAAGGCUCGUGCUGGAGAGUUCGCAAAUGCACCGGAAAUUGCGGACGAAGGAAGACGACCUGAUGCGAAAGUUGCGCGAGACGGAACGAAGUAAUCAGGUUCGUCUAGCGCCCCGCAUAGAAGAUAAAAAUUCAACGAGCACCGAGCAUGUCGAGGACUCGUGUACCGGGGACUGUGAGGCUGCGGCCGAGGUCGAGAGGCUUCGAGAACUCAGUGUUGAGCAGCAGGAGGUCAUUGAGAUUCUCAGGCAGGCAGUCAAGGAGAAAGAACGGAAGCUCGACCAGAUCUCGAACAAGAAACGAAAGGAGGAAUUCUACAAGCAGUGGCUUGAACUCGAGCCCGUUGUAGAAGUCGAGGACGAAGACGAACACGAACAUGAGGAGGGUGACAGCGCUUUGUCCAGCGCUCCGUCGUCGCUGUCACCCCAACCUGGAGGAUGUGGACAGUGGCAGCAGACAGGCGUUACCAGGGAAGCGUACGAGACGGUACUCCUCGAGGUUGAGGAGCUGCAGAGUAGACUCGUCGAGGAACAGCGGGAACUUGCUCACGCCAAGAGCCAGGUUCGCGACCUGGAGAAGGCUCUGCUUCAGGAGACACGGGGAAGUCAGAACAGCAGACGAGCCCUGAGCGACAAACUCCGGGAGAUCGAGGACCGGGAGGCAACUUUGGUCGCUGAGAUCUCGGAACUCCGAGAGCAGAACGAGCUUCUCGAAUUUCGCGUUCUUGAACUAGAGGAGUCGCCCUGCCUCCGGGACACGCCUGAUCCGGCCGACAGCGGUAUCGUCUCGCCCGAGCCCAUUCACCUCUACAAGGACCAGGUCGGUAAGCAGAAGGACCGCGCCGUCGCGACCAUCAUUCCUUACAACACUUACAACAGCCCAGCUUCGCCGAUACCUCAAAAGCCGCCGUUGUCCCUCCAGGAGAGCGGGAUCUUCGACGAGGAUGACGAAGCGGACGUGGAGCUGGCCAGUCGGGGAACGCAGACGGAAGCUCCGGCCGGUGAUCUUCUGCAGGAAGUCCAACGGCUACACGAGCUUCGGGCCCGGAUCCAGGAGCGGGCGGUCAAAGUUCCGGUUCCCAUGAUUGACCCGAAAUUGGACGUUCCCGACGUCGCUGAUUCCGGACAGAAUGCAAAUUCCUAUCUAGACCGCAUUCGUGAACUUGAGCAAAGACUCGCCGCCCACGAGGAGGCGGAGAGCAAGCGAAACCAAGACAAACAGCUGUCGAAACAAAGGGAGGAGGAACUCUUGGACGAAAACUACAGACUCACCGAGAGGAUUUACUGGUUCGAAAAUCUUCUUCGGAAUUCCAAGAACCUCGAGGAGGAUCUGAAAGGCUCUUCGAACGUUCAGGAGGACGAGUUAACGCCGAAGAAUGAUGACUCGCAUGUUUCCGAGGAACACGAAGACGCAUCAUCGGCGGGGAUGCAAAAUCCGGAAGCUACCGAGGUGCCGCAAACGAUUUUGUCCACUCCAGGGUCUGUCGAGGCCGGAAAAUCGAUGACCUUGGAAGAUCUUGACGUGGGAUGCAACGAGUGUGGAAAAAUGAGGUCUGAAGUGAUCGGCAGGCUGGAGGAGCUGGUACAGGUCGAGCUGCUGACCAGACAACGCAUCGUCGAUCUUGAACGUCGGGAGGCGACGUACAUGAAGACCUUGCAGAAGGCUGACGAGAUGUGGGUCGAAGCGGAGCGGGGCUAUUCGAAUCAGCUCAAAGAGCUUCGCGCCAAGCUCGAGCUUGAGCUCUCCGAAAAACAGAAGCUCUCUCAACACGCUGCCGAGCUAAAAGACAAGCUGAAUGAAAUCCGGACGAGCGAUGACGUUGCGGAUCGCUGCACUGAGUGCGUUAGAUGUCGCAGGUUUGUGAUGCCGGAAAUUUUCAUCUCCGAAGCGGAUCAAUCCUUCGACGAGGUUGACGCGGCAGCUGGAAGUGGAGAAAGCAGCGGGGAUUCAGCAUCGAAAAUUGAUCCGAAAUCGAAAAUUUCCAGUAACAUUACCGCGGCUGCGAUUUCGAGCGUCGGGGAUGGAAGCGGUGAAGAGAAUUUGACCUCUUCUAAACCACUCGUUAAUUCAAUCAUAGAGCAGGAUACGGCGAGAAAGGUGAAGGUUUCCAAGGUAUUCGUGCCCGAAAUCGUUGCAGAAUUGGCAAUCGAGGCUAAGGAGGAAGAGGCGCCUAGCGAAGAGUCUGAUAAUCGGAUAGAAAAUACCGAUGGUUCAAUCCCGGACAGUGCAGGCAAGGGUAAAGGAGUCGUUGGAGUGGUCCAGGAGGGUCCUUCGGGAAAGAACGACAUCGGGAUAGACGUAGUGGAAGGCGGAGAGGCUCAACCAGAGCCUGUAGUGACUAUUAACGAGACAGAACCUAAAAAGAAGGUAAUUUACUUCCGUUGGAGAUGAGGCCAAGCCGGGCCUUCUCCGUGGUGUGUCAGUCGAAUUUGCGGCUUUCUCCCCGCGGAAGAGGACCUCGCGUUUUUCGACCUCGAGCUGUUCCUCCUGCGGAUGUUGACGAGAUGCUAUUUUCGAUCAGUUAAUAAGGACAAAUCCGCUGGCGCUACUUGGUGAGUCCAAGUGACGUACAGAGAUGGUACGUCCAUCGCCUCCUGAUUUUUACUCACUUAACUCGCUCAAUCGAUCGUUAUAAGUUAGUCAACCCUGAACCUAGCUGUUAAAGAUUUUCUUUUCGUUUUGUAGUAAUUAUCGUAAGUAGUUGCCCAGCUACUGGUCAUGUUUAUAAUUGAGCCACACUAAAAGAAGAGACCAGCUGAUCUAUGUCCAUAUCAAUGUAUAAUAACUGAAGUGCCUAUACGAACACUUGGAUGUACGAAAGUGUUCAUUAAUUACUGUGCAAUGCCGCAAGUGCAAUUGUACGUAAAAUCGAAAUGGAACCCACCGUUAUCAUCGUCGUAAUAACCGCAGCGCGAUAAUCUAUCUAUCGCGGAUAGUCUGAAUUCAUAUUAUUUGGCUUAAGAAGCUGCGGUAAAUAGCACUUGACAAUUAAUUUUCAUCUCACGAUAAUUUUACAUAUGAAAUUGUUGAAAAUUUUUAAUUUCCUCUUACAUCUCUCUAUUUUUAUUAUUUAGACAAUCGAACGCGCCGAAAGGAUCAUAUUAUUAACGACGGACAAUAAUUUUUAUUCGAUGAUUAAAAUUAUAUAAUCAACGUAGUAGGUAAUAUAAUACUUACAUAAAUAUUUUUCGAAACGAAACGAAUUAAAAAAAAAAGAAACAGAAACAAAAACUCUCUCGAAAUCGACGAAUCAUAAUCCCAUGUUGUUAUAGUUAUAGAUUACAUAUUUAUCACUUUUUACAUUUUAACACGUAUAAUCUAUUUUUCUGAUUUGCCCAUUAUUAUGCGUAAGAAGUGUGAAAGAAAAAUUAUAUCAUUGGUUCUAUCUUGCAUGCAUACAAGGCGGACUAGAGACGCAUAAAAACGUAUCUACCAAAUUGGAACCGCAAGUUAAUUAAGAGUUUGUGCCGACGUUUGAGGUCUGUAAUCCCGUAUUAGGAUGUUAUGUAGAAAUUAGGUAAAAAUGUCUAGUCGAUUUUUUCUAAACUUUAAGUUUUUAAUAUUUUACCGCUAUAUAUCGAUAUCUAUAUGGUUUCCAAAAGGCUAUACAAAUAUACAGGUAGAUCAGCUUGCAGAAUUUGUUCGACCCAGGUUGAUAAAUUCUUCUGUAAUCGCUACGAUCAUGCUUCCAACUUGUACCAUACACUUUAUUGCCUGCUGUAUUUUCAGCGAUUAAUUAUAAGCCCAUUGAAUUCUAAACGUGUACAGAAUAAUAAUAAUAAUAAUAAUAAUAAUAAUAAUAUGCGUACUCUGAUAUUAAAUAUUACCUAUUAUAUCUAAGUAUACAUUAUAUAUACGAGAUAUAUUUUUGAAGAAACACUUUAUACUCGUCUUUCGUCGCUGACGAACUCUCGGAAAGACAAGGAAAAAAAUAUUGUUUUUUCACUACGUUUGAUACAUUUAUUAUGUAUAUGAUUAUGUGUUACUCGAUUAAAAUAUUUAAAUCAA